AAUCUGGAGGCUUGUCUCCUCCCCCAGCGGAGCUCUUAUAGCGCUGACCCCAGCAGUCCUGCUCCUCCUGGUUGAUGGUCAGACUGUGUGAAAGAAGGAUGAAGUUGCUCGCAGCGGUCACGCUCGUCGUGGGGUCCCUCCUUUUCCUCGCUUUCCCGGGGUCUGCUGACGAGAAGAAGAAAGGCCCUAAAGUCACGGCGAAGGGAAGAGCAUCUACGGGGACCGUUUCCCUGAUGAGAACUUCAAGCUGAAGCACUACGGGCCUGGCUGGCUCAGCAUGGCCAACGCUGGGAAGGACACCAACGGCUCCCAGUUCUUCAUCACCACUGUGCAGACCCCCUGGCUGGAUGGCAAACAUGUAGUGUUUGGAAAGGUUCUGGAGGGCAUGGAUGUGGUGACAAAGAUCGAGAACACAAAGACAGACGGCAGAGACAAACCUCUGAAAGACGUCAUCAUCCAUGACUGUGGAAAGAUUGAGGUGGACAAGCCGUUUGCUAUCGCCAAGGAGUAGGACUGGACCAGUCCAGGCUGGGAUCAUCACGUGUUUCUGGGUCCAUUUACCAAGCAGCAUUCCACGAGUACUUUACUCUUAUUGUUGGGCUCUUUUCUAACAAAACUCUGACAUUUGAAAUAAAUGUUUCACGUUUUGUUAAACUCUUGUUAAA